CAGUUAUCACCACCCUCUUCUCAAGCGAUUUCAUAUAAAUAGAUACUUUGGUCAAUAGAAAGCUGUUACUAUAUUUUGCCCAACAAAACAAGCUAGUAGGAUAGAAAUAGUAGCUGCUCCAAGAUGAAAUUCUUAAUUGUGGCAGUCGCUUUGAUUGCUGCAGCCACUGUGGCAUCAGGCCAACAAGGUUACAGUUAUCCCAAACCAGCGGCUUCAUCACCAGUUCCAGUUAAGGAAAAGGGUUACAAUUAUCCCAAACCGGAAAAGCCAUUCCCGGCACCAACUACCAAACCAAGUUACAAAGAACCUAAGCCUGCAGCCUCUUCACCGGUUCCAGCUAAGGAAAAGGGCUAUAACUAUCCCAAACCAGAGAAGCCCUUCCCAGCUCCAACUACGAAACCAAGUUACAAUCCCAAGCCAGCUGCUUCAUCUCCAGUUCCUGCUAAAGAAAAAGGCUAUAAUUAUCCCAAACCAGAGAAGCAAUUACCAGCUCCAACCACAAAACCAAGUUACAAGGAACCCAAACCAGCAGCCUCUUCACCAGUUCCAGCAAAAGAAAAGGGCUAUAACUAUCCCAAACCAGAGAAACCCUUCCCAGCUCCAACCACAAAACCAAGUUACAAGGAACCAAAACCAGCAGCCUCCUCACCAGUUCCGGCAAAGGAAAAGGGCUAUAAUUAUCCCAAACCUGAAAAGCCUUUCCCAGCUACAACUAAGAAACCAAGUUACAAUCCCAAGCCAGCUGCUUCAUCUCCAGUUCCUGCUAAAGAGAAAGGCUAUAAUUAUCCCAAACCAGAGAAGCAAUUACCAGCUCCAACCAAAAAAUCAAGUUACAAGGAACCCAAACCAGCAGCCUCUUCACCAGUUCCAGCAAAGGAAAAGGGUUAUAACUAUCCGAAACCAGAGAAGCCAUUCCCAGCUCCAACCACAAAACCAAGCUACAAUCCCAAGCCUGCUGCUUCUUCACCAGUUCUAGCAAAGGAAAAGGGCUAUAAUUAUCCCAAACCUGAAAAAUCUUUCCCAGCUCCAACUAAGAAACCAAGUUACAAUCCCAAGCCUGCUGCUUCUUCACCAGUUCCAGCCAAAGAAAAAGGCUACAAUUAUCCCAAACCAGAGAAGCAAUUACCAGCUCCAACCACAAAACCAAGUUACAAGGAACCAAAACCAGCUGCCUCUUCACCAGUCCCGGCAAAAGAAAAAGGAUACAAUUAUCCUAAACCAGAAAAACCUUUCCCAGCUCCUACUAAAAAGCCAAGCUUAAAAGAACCUAAGCCAGCUGCCUCUUCACCGGUUCCGGCAAAAGAAAAAGGAUACAAUUAUCCUAAACCAGAGAAACCUUCCCCAGCACCAACUAAGAAACCAAGCUACAAUCCCAAACCAGCUGCUUCCUCGCCAGUACCAGCCAAAGAAAAAGGCUAUAGCUAUCCCAAGCCAGAAAAACAAUUCCCCGACUCAAAGCCCGCAGCUUCCUCUCCGGUACCCGCUAAAGCUGGUUACAGUUAUCCAAAGCCUUCUGUAGUUUUUAGAUACUAAAUAUUCUGCAAAGAAUACCUUUAGUAAGACUUUAAAUUCCUCAAGCAUUUUCAAUGCAAUUAAGGUAAUUUAUUUCGAAACUUUUGGAAAUAUUUUUAGUUGAAGUGUUGAUAUUAUGUUAAGUUAUUUUUAGUGAUUUCGAAAAAUACAACGAAAGAAAACAAAAUUCAAA